AUGGCAGCCAGGCUCCUCUUCUCCUCCCUCCUCAUCCUUCUCGUUGGCUCCCACGGGGCGUUUGCCUCCGUGGAGGAGACGUGCGCGAAGGCGAUGAAGGGAUCGGAGCACAAGAACCUUGAGUCCUUCUGCGUGACGACGCUCCAGGCGGCGCCGGGGAGCGCCUCCGCGGACGCGAAAGGGCUGGCCGUGAUCGCCACGAACCUGACGCUGGCCAACUACACGGCGGCGGUGGCCACAAUCAAAGAUCUGCAACGGCGCGGGGGCUGGUCGGACAAGCAGCAGGCCGCGCUGGCCACGUGCCGCCGGCGGUACAUCGAGGCGCUGAACGUGGUGCACAGCGCCGUCCACGCGCUGGCCACCGGGCGGAAGCAGGCGUACGUGGCCGAGAUGGGCGCCGUCAGGAGGUCCGCCACCGACUGCGACGACGCGUUCGGCGGACGCGGUGGCGACGCCGCGGCGAAGCGGGAGGAGGCGCCUCUGCGCAAGGUGAACGACGACGCGGAAAACCUGACCACCAUGGCCAUGCUGAUCGUGAUCACGCUGUAG